ACAUUCGAUGUACAUAGAGAAUAGGUCUGAAAUGCUUUAGACUAAACGUCGUACUGUCCGAAUUGACACAAAUUCGAUAGGCUCUCGACCGUUCACGUUGUUUUUUUUAUGAUGGGGAUUACAGUCUUUAUAAGCUUCUAAUAACAGUGAAAAAAUAUUAUAUAUUUACAGAAUCACGGUGGUUGGUGUCAGACAACGUGUCUCGCAAGAAAAUACAAAAAGGGAUAGCUUACAUCCAAAUCUAACAUUAAGCAUCUAAAUUUCACUUCUACGAGCCGGUGUGUACAAUUGAGAUAUUUAUCUUAUAUUCGGCCAUGUGAGGAGAUACUGACAUCCGUGCUAAAUGACUGGACUGUGUGCACGAAGUUACAAAAUGGAAUAUAGUUUUUGCGUGUAAUAAAUUCAUUUAAGCGUCAAACAUUCCAAUAUUGACUGUUAUUCCUACAAUGAUAUAAAACGUGAAGAUGUUUCGAUGAUUGGUACACGGAUGUAGUGAUGAAUCUAUAUCGUUUUAUUCUGAACUGUGUCGUCCUAUUGUUCUGGAUGCAUCGGAAGGUGACGGGUCAAAGUUCAAGAGAUGCUUGGAAUCGGUUGAGAGGCGGAACUCCCUUUGAGCCAGAGGAGCGCAAUUCUAUAUCAUUCCAUGAUGGAACCCGUCCUUUCCCUUCCAAUCAACUCCCAAUUAUAGAUCUGGAAGAAAAUCCCAAUCCGCUAUAUGAUCCAAAAGCGGAGGACCUAGAUUACAGACGUUUGCGACGUUUGUUAGGAAGAGAUUUUGAUCGUGAUUAUAUGUCAACAGUUAGACCCCUAGAACAUGUGUUGCACAGAAAUGGAACUUUAGAUUUCAAAAUUCGAAAAGGGCGUCCGAAAGGCAGAAGACCGUAUUUUGUAAAAUACUUUGGACGACCUGUCUAUACGGGUGAAAAUCAAAAAUCAAUCAGACUAAAAAUUAAACGUGAAGAUAGAAAAAAAGUGCAAAAAUAUUUAUGGAGUUAUACUCAUUGCCCGGUUUUUCACACAUGGAAGGACCUUGGAAUCAGAUUUUGGCCCCGCUGGAUUCGGGAGGGACAGUGUUAUAGGGGGAGGUCAUGUUCCAUACCCCCAGGAAUGUACUGUCAGCAAAGUGACUCAACGAGAAUCACGUUACUGCGAUGGUAUUGUCGUGGUCCGGAGGUCGGCACAAACUGUUCCUGGAUAAAAGUGCAGUAUCCUAUUUUGACAGAAUGUGCUUGCUCGUGUUCAUAGCGAUAUUGAACGAAGACAAAUAUAAAAGUCUUCAAGUGCUAAUUCCUAAAAUAGGGGGUUGAAUUCGAAACAUAUACCAGCUGGGCUUGAUAUGGAAGGAUCUUAAAAUGGAAUGCAAACAGCGGAACAAUAAGUUAAAUUCAUUAUCAAAUACUUCCACGGCCAGUAUUUUCAUUUAGAAAGACACUGUGAAAGAAUAUUGACUUUGUUGUAUUUAAUUGCUAUUCUAGUUGUUACGAGAAGUUAUGAUAGAGUUCCCUCUCGACGUGAUACUAAAAACUACGUCACCCAAAUCUUAUACACACACACACUUUAAACUUCACAUAUUGGACUGUUUUAGAAACAAAAGGAACUUUAUGUUCAAAUACUAGUAAACCGUGCCAUUCUGCCGCCUUAAUCUCGUUUUGAUAGAUUAACGUCGCCACUUUUGGGUACCAUCUAUUCAAUAAUCUCAGAUGUCUUGUCGUUGAGACGGAGAAAUUAUACAUGGAAAUUAAAAAACGCGAUCCAAUUUGAUUAACAGUAGCUGGUGCCGGGAAGUUUGAAGACGCUGUCAAACAAACCAAAGAAUUGAAAUGGUAAAUAGCAAUCCCAGUUAGAUAAUUUUCCUAAUAUCAGUUCAAUGUGUGAAGAACCCCAGUUCAAAGCGUCGCCCUGUGACCAAGAUCUGUCUAUUCGCUCAUCAAGCUUCUACUCCGGUUGAUAAAAUGCCAUGUUUAAAACCUUGUAAUGGAAAUACAUUGAUUAAGGAAGGUACAUUGAAGAAAUGUUUGGAUCUAAGCAGACGCCGCGUCGACGUGGCGGUAUUAUGAGGCUUACGCUGGUGUUAAAACACACUAGCCUUCCUCUCGAGAGACCUCAUCUAGACGAGCAUUCGUUUGUUUAUGGAAUAAACAAUAUCUCAUUUAUUUAUCGCUGAAUACGAUCAUUAUCGUUAAUGAUUGUUCUUUAGCUGAACGUCUUAGAACAGUAAACUAGAUGCUUCGGUUGUUGAUACUAAAACAGGGGAUAACGUGAAUGAGCGGCAAUCAAGUACGACAACUUGUUGGAUUCUGAGUGUUUUUGGUCUCCGUUGCUGCUCUGCAGAAAUACCUAGACUUUCCGGCUACGCGGGAGUGAUCUUAUCCCUCGUUUCUAACAAGUGAUUUGGUUUCCGGCAAACCGAGUACUUUCUUUAUACCAAAGAACGCACACAAAAUGAUAUUACAUGAACUCUGUAACCCUGACCGUUGUUGUUUUUUUUUUUCACAGUGCAAUUGGUGUUGUUUAUUGUUGAUGACAAUUGUACGAAUUUCAUAAUCUAUUUUAUGACUGUGUACAUAUGUAAUGGCCGUAUAUUUCAUAUGGCCAGAAUAUUUAUUAAGAAAAAAUAAAAAUGUAAAUUUUA